CAGGCACAGUCUUCGGAGGAGCCUCCAUUCUUAACCGUGGGGACUGAUGUUAGUGCCAAAUAUCGCGGAGCUUUCUGCGAAGCCAGCGUGAAAGUCGUGAAGAAGCUUGUCAAAUGCAAGGUAGGCUUACAGUGAAGUGAACAUUGUGUUGGCUUACCGGGCACGAGUUUGAUACUCGUGUAUCCGUGUGGGUUGUGUUUCCUGUGCUUUUUAACUCUCUGAAUAUAUUUAUUUUUCCUUUUGCAGAUAACGCUUGCUAAAACAAAUGCAUCCCUCACAGUCAAUGAUGAUUGUGUAAAGGGCUCUUUGAAGGUGAAUUUUCUUUUUAUUGUAUGGGUUUCAAUGAAUGUUCCUCUCGACAAUGUCUUACUUCGCUUGCCCUCGUGUUGUUAUGAUACACUUGUCUUUGAGCACUUCAAAAUUAUUUUCUGAGGUUAUUUCUCGUUUUUUCAAAGGUUGGAGCGGUUGUUGAGGCCAAAACUCCUGAAGGAGUGAUGGAAGGAGUCAUCACUAAACUCACCGAUGCUAGUGUUUACACCGUUGGUAAACAUCAAUGAUUUUUCUUCUUAUCUGUGGUUUAGCUUAGGAAAAGAAACUUCCACAACACAGCUGAACCAUAAUAAGUUUCCAAUUUCAUUUUUGUUUACUUUUCUUUUUCAAGUUUUUGACGAUGGUGAUGAAAGAACAUUGAGGAGAACUUCUUUGUGUCUGAAGGGGGAAAGGCAUUUCAAUGAAAGCGAGGUAUGUAAUUGAAAAAAAUCAUUAUUCCGAUCUGUUUCUUUCAUUGUUAGGUCACUGAUCAGAGAGUGUAAAGAAGAGUUACAAGCCUUUGUUUUUGUUUCCUUACUCUUUAGACUCUAGAUCAUCUACCUCUGACAGAUCCCGAAAAUUUUGGUACUCCAGUUGUACAGGUAUAUAUGAACUGCUAAUAAAAUUAUUGUUGCUUGUAAAAACUCCAAUUCUUAAGUAUGUUUUUAUUCAUGAUCAUAUCAUUUGAACACUUGUUGUUCACUGUUUUGCAUUGUAGAUUAGACAUUUUUAUAUUCUUUUACAUUGUCAUCAUCUUAUAUAAGAAAGUCAAUUUUCUUGAAAUAUCCACAACUUGUUCUCCCCUUGGCAAUUUGUAACAAAUAAAGAUUUAUUCAGAGAAGAGUUUGGAAGCCUAAAGUAUUGAAUCUAUACUCAUAAAAACAGUCGUAAUAUCCAAAGGAAAAGACUGUUUUCCUAUUAGUAUACCUUUUGGACUUGACUGGAAGGUUGUAAGACUGACAAAUAACAAUAAUUUGCCUUGCGAUCCAGUCAACGGUAACUAGAGCAAAAUAAUAUCAGGUAACUGAUUGGCAUCAACAUUUGUAAAAAGGUUGAGACAUACAAGGGCUAGAAGUGACAGGUGAUAAAGCAGGGAGAAUUCCCUUUGUUUGUUUCAAUAUAAAUUGUCAAUUUCGGGCUUGUUAUUGGAACUCAAUGAACACCUCAUUCCAAAAUCAUGACGAUAUUACUUUCCUUUUCUGUUUAUCUUAAUUAGCCCCAUUUGCCUCAGUUACAUGUGCAGAAUUCAAAAGAUCUUUUACCUUGAAAUGAGACACUUCUGGCCAAUUGUUAUAAGAAAAAACGAAAACUUAAUUUGCCUGCAUGUUGAAAUAAUGUGUAUAAAGUAAUUCCUUAUUUUGAACAUACCUUUGAGUAUUGUUUUUGUGUCCAAAUCAUUUUUAGCAAAAGAGUACCGAAAAUCAUUGUUAAAGGACAAAGGUCAAAGGGUUUCUUAUUUGAGAGUUUUUUGACUGCAACAAAUUGAUGUAUUCAAAUGUGUUGACUUGUUGAGUGAAAUGUUUGUAUGAUAUUAUUUCGCACUUAAACUUGUUUUACAUGAUUGUCCCAUGAUUGGAUUAACAAAUCUCUCAGUGAUUUUGCUACAAAUAGUGAUGGUGCGUCCUGGGACUCGUCUUGUGAAAAAUCAUGAGUCCCUGUACAGAACCAAUGAGUCCCACUAAUAAAAAGAGUCUGAAAUUGAAAAUACUUGGUCCUUUAUGUCUCCAAAACUCUGUAUUACAGUGUACUGAAAUAUAUUAAAAUAUAGUCGUUCUAUUUUAAAGCACAAGAAAGGGUAAAUGAAAUAUGCAUCAUUAAACAACAGCCAUAAUAACUGCCACAGAAAUUACAUGAAUGAGAUAUGAUAUAUCGUGUCGGUGUUUAUAAAUGCUUGUCGCGUCGGCUUUGCCGUCACUGUCGCAAUUUGGCCGAGGGAGGUUGUCUCUUUUCGCGAUUUCGUUUUAUGCGCUGUCGCUACUUUUUGGGCCAUGUGGCUUCUUGGAAUUUACCCUGGCAGGGCCUCUACAAAUACACAGGUUCAGAUCAAUCGACCGAUCUCUACAUCCUGCGGAACUCAUGCCAUGAAUUAUUUUCCAUUUUGGGGGAUUUUUAUGUGUCAGGGACGCAGAAUGCAGAGGUAACAAAAUCACUGAUCUCUCUUUUCAGUGUACAUGUAAACUAUUUUGUACUUGCAUCCAUUGUGUCAUGAGGUACAAAAUUGCCCUACAUGGUAUGGCAGACUGUUUACCAAAGGAUUUUUGGCAAGAAGGCCAUUUGGAUUACUUGGGCGUUUUUGGCCUAUAUACAGGAUGGCCUGAGAAAACAGCCAAAAGUUUGCAUGUGAAUUGACGUUUGAGGAAUGAGUGCAGAAAUUCGAAACUGAUGACUUGUCACUCCUCAGUUCCAGGUGGUGCUUCUGACUGGUCUUGCCGCAAGAUAAAUUUGCGUCAACCAAUCAAAAGCACAACACAGAUCUUGGUAUAGUGUCAUGGCAUUAGUAUGAAAUUUUCUGCUCUUGUUCCUCUGAUAUCAUUUUGUGGGGAAACCAGUGUUGGCAUUGCAAAAUGUCAGCUGUUUUCUCAGGAUAAGUACAGGACAAAAUUGUUGCCCAAUUGCAUAGAUGGAGCUGUUGAGUUAAAAUGUGCUCACCAAAAGUUAAAAACUAAUUGCCAUCUUAGCUACCAAUAUCAAAAGACAGCUUAACUGCAUCAGCAUCAAUUCAAAUGUGUUGUCUGCUUAUUUUUCAGGAUGGAAAGAAAAGGAAAAAGCGAAGAUUAAGUCAGGCAACAAGGUAAUAUUUGUAGUUAGCUGUCACUUGCUUCUUUAAAGCUCAUUGAUUCCAGGGUCAGUGUAGACUUGAGCAUCCUUGAUUGCCCUUGUCCUACAGUCUAGAUAUGCUCCAGGUAAACAUGAAACCUUGUUGUAGAGAAACUGUAUUUUUCACCUUUAGUCUUACACUUCCUGGGGCGACUUCUGACAAAGUAGAGGGCUGGGUGGAGCAAUGGUGAGGGUACUCACCUUCCACUAAUGUGGUAUGGGUUUGAAUCCCCAAGGCGAUGCCUCACGUUAGUUUGUUGUUGGUCCUUGUCCUUGCACCAGGAAGUUUUUCACCAGGCACUCCAGUGUCUAGCCUGCGAAUGGCAGAAGUUUCUCCUCGCUCAUGAGAGACGCAGCUGAGAGACGUUUCGCGAGGAGGAAUGUUUGCGACUCAGUGACAGAAAUUCCAUACUGAUGAUGCAAAAUCUGUCCGGAAUCCAGUCAGAAGCUCUAAUUGGUUGACAGAGUAGUUUCAUUGUUUUAGCUAUUGUUUACGAAUGACAGAUAAAAGACAAAAGUCCGCAAAGGUCAAAUGUAAACUGGAUAAUCUCCAACAAAACAGCCAAUAUUUGUGGAAUGUAGUCUUCUCUAGAAGAAGCGUUUGAGUUUUGCUGGAGCUCAUUCGCGGAUGAACACAACACUUUACCAAAAUCAACCAGGAGAAACGUAAAAUUGAACAAAUUUGCAUUUGGAACCCCAUGACUACCGGAUUUAUUAUGUAAACAUUGAUUUAUGUCAUCAGUAUGGAAUCUCUGUCGCUGAGUCGCAGACAUCCCUCCUUGCAAAACGUCCCUCAGCGGCGAUGAGCGAGGAGAAACGUCUGUUGUUCACAGGCUAUGCAGUGUCCCCUGUCCACAAAAAAGCAACAUUCCCCAAUUCCAAUUUCAUAGAAAUAUUAGACAAAAAGUACAGUAUGGAUGUGCCACCUCUGAAUCAUUGUUUAUCAUUUUUUUAACUUUAUUCUUAUGGAAUUUACUUUAGAAAAAGUAAGGUGUUUUGUCCCCCCCCCCCCCCUCCCUGCUCCUCUUUUUCUCGGUUUACCUUCGCAAACAAAAACCACCUGUUGCCCACGGGAAGAGGGAGGGGGGCAGAAGCAAAAGCGGGUGUGUUUUAAUCCUUUGGUGGUACCCGCAAAAAAGAUUAGUUUUAGGGUUUUUCUUUUGGUCGGGAGGGAACAAAAACACACCCCAGUCACAAAACAAAGAGAGAGUGGAGCAGAAGUAGCAGCUGGUUUGUUACAUCCUUGAGGUUGCACCCAAUAACAGAAUUGUCUUGAGGUUUUUGCUGUCUUUUGGAGACAUAAUAAACUUAUGUAUUUUAUGUUGGUUUUCAGUCUGGAUGACUCUGAGACAGAACGAGAUGAACAAAGUGGCACUGCACCAGCUCCUUCGAAGAAGAAGUGUUUGUUUGAUGACAGCAUUGUUGGCAAGGUACAGUCGAUGUUUCUUAUUAAGUGAAUUUGAGUGCAAUUCAUCCAAAAAUUACAAAGGCAUUGUUAUUAAUUUAAUAAUAUUAUUCCUUCGUUAUGUUCAUGUAGGUUGUUGUCGUUGAAAGUGGAUCAAAAAGAAGAAACAUGUGGUUUCCUGCAUUGGUAAUGUUUUUUAUUCAUUGGCUUGUUUUGAAAAUUCUUGAUCUUUUUACCUUUUAAUUACAAGUCUCAGUUUCUCUUGUCAGUAAUGAUCAGCCUUUGAUCCAAAUUGUUAGAGUUAUUGCACCGAUAUAGGUGAAAUUGAAUGAUUGCACUGAAACUUCAACAAGAAUGUUUGUGAUGGAGCAUGUACUUUUUGGUCAUUUGGUCAACAUUGUUUUUGUUUCCAUAGGGGGUCAAUCCUAGUAAGAAUGAAGUUGAUUUGAUCAAGUCAAAAGAUAAAUGUCUUGUACGCUCAUUCAAAGAUGGGAAAUAGUAAGUAAUUAAUUAGCAAUGAUACAGUUACAGUGAAUAUCCUGAAUAGCUUUAGUUUUGCUCAUGCUUUAUGGCUAGUCAUUUUAUGCCUAGUGCAUUUUGUUAAUAUCAGCUGUAAGCGAGGUUGCUAUAGGCUUUCUAGGCCUCAAAAUUGCGACUCACUGGUGGCCAUUGCGACUAAAAAUUGAGGACUGGUGACUAUAUUUUCAUGUGAAACUCACAAAACCGUGAAUACCAGAAAUAUUUAUGGAAUGUUGUUGUGUUGUGAGAAAUAAGCCAAUAAGGCACGAGAUAACUAAACCGCCAACAGCCACGGUAAUUAUUUUGUGGUUUUUGAGGUUUGCUUGCAUAUCCUGAACUUUAUUGUGAUUGGCCAGUACACAGUCAACAUUCCUGAAAAUUUUCAGAUGUUCACGGUUUCUGAGUUUGACAGUAAUACCUGGUCAUGAACUGGCGAGUCAUGUUAUGUUUCAAUAAGAUAACAGCUGUUACCCUCAUCUCUAAUAUUAUUAUAUGGCAUUGUGUUUCAACCUGGCAGUAAAACUAAGUAGCUUUCUGUGUUGUUCAGCAGCUCAAGCACUGCACAAACAAAAUUACAGUACAUGCAGUCUACAAGCACUGCCUGUAGGAUUUUACAUAAUCACAAUUUUAAAAUUCACAAUCCUCUCAUGGUACACAUACUAGGAAAAAAGUGCGGCAGUGUGAACUGCAGUAUUCUAAGAAUAGAUUCUAUUAAUACUACUGCCAGUGACUUGUAUUUUGUAAGAAGUCCAGAAAUUUACAAUACAAAUGAAUGUUCAAAUGAUUCCUUGUGCUUUGCAGUCAUGUCAUAAAUGUUAAGGAUACAAAGGAUUUUGCAAAGGAUCAGGAUCCAGUACAUGCGGUACUGAAAGGAGAAAACAGGAAGUUAAAAGCAGGUAUGGUUUGGGAUACUCCACAUAACUCUACUCCAUGAACAUAGAAAACAUUGAGGAGUUGAAGAACUUCAGCUACAGCCAAAUUAGUUCAGUCAGUAGGCCAAUUGACUGCAGAGUGGGAGGCCCAGUUUUGAUUCCCGGGGCCGGACCAAUACUCAGGGUCUUAACGUAACUGAAAAAUGAAGGUACUGCCUUGGUGUUGCAAACAGCAGGCUCAGAUGACCAUGAAAAAUGGUGAUCCCAUCUCCAGUAGGAGAUGUAAAAGUAGUGUCCCCAACUAGUACUUUUCUGCUAAAUACAUUGACACCCAUAUUAAGUGUUUUAAUUUUUCUUCUUAAUAGCAGUUAGUGGAUAGAGUAUAGACCGAAGCACAGAGAGAAAAAAAGGAGUGAAUCUUUUCUGUUCUGUGCAGUCAAUAAAAUUUUAGUUUCACCAGAAUGUAAAGAUGGUUGUCAAAAUUGGUGAAAAGUACAGAGAAAUAGAUUUACGGCAAGAAGAUAGUCUCUUAAUGUGUUCUUUGUGAAUCCCACAAUCAUUGAUUUUGAUGUAAGUAAAAACUAAAAGAUUUUGACUUAACCUUUUUAGCUGUUGAAAGAGCGAUAACAUAUCAAGGAACAGGGAGGAUACCUGGAAUCUGGGAAGAGAAUGCUUCCGAUGUGAUUGUAAAUGAAGACAGUGAAGAAGAUUCCAAAAGACUCCAGUCUUCAGAAGAUGAGAGCAGUGUGGAUGAGGAUGAUGAGAAGAAAGCUUUUAAGGAAAAGCUCUACACGUUCAUGAAGGAAAAGGGUAGGCAUGCUUUCUAAUGCAAGGCUGGUAUUAAGUUUAUGAUCAUAGAGGGCUUUAGAUUCCCAGACAAGGAUGACUUCUAGAUAAAGAUUUUCUCAAUACAAACUAUCAUUUUGGUGGGAAAAUGCUAUAGCCUUUUCACUCUACUAAGGGGUUUUAGCGGAUAUUUGGUAGUGACAGAAACAAGUUAUCUACAGUUAAAUCAUUUUGAGAUCGGCAAAGGGCUCAACUUCUUUCAAUAAAAAUAACCGUGUAAACUUUUUUGGCGAAAAAAGGUAUAAAAAUGAAGCUUUCGGCAGUGUCUACUUUGUGAAAAGUCCCCAAAAAUAAGAAUACAAUCUUGCCCUCGUAGUUAUCCUUGUCCUCAAAUCUAAAGGUCUCUUAUGGGAUCUAUCAGGGGAGUAGGAUGGCUGAGAACUUUUUCUUUUAACCAUGUGGUCUGGGUUCAAGUCAUGGGGUGAACACCUCAUCUAGGUUGAGUUUCUUGUUGGUUAUCUUUUUAUCCCUGAGAAGUUUUUUCCUGGUAUUUUGGUUUUGUUCCCUCCUCAACAAUUAAUUUUUCCAAAUUCCUUUAUGUGUUUACAUAUUGCCCUCCAAAUUCUGCUAAAGUGAGAGUUAAUGAUUGUAAUUUUUUUGGACAUUGUCAUUAUUAUUUGGUUUUAUUUUAGGAACACCUAUUUCAAGACCUCCAGUGCUUGGAAAUCAAGAUUUAGAUCUUCACCGGCUUUAUAAAAUAGUCCAGGAACACGGUGGCAUGGAAAAGGUGGCUAUCAAAUAACAGUUAACUAAAAAAUUAAUGUCUUGAUUGAUUGAAAGGGUGCAAAAUAAGGACGUGAAUCUGACGUAAUGUCAAAUUUAACUUGGGCAAUUUGAAGGCUGUCUAAUGGGAGAUUAUGUUAAGACUGGCAGAAAAGUUGUGUUGUGGGGCAAACUAGAUGAUUUCAUUUUGUCUUGAAGAUUCCACAUAAAACUGUUUAUAGUAGCAUUACCUUCACAAAAGCAUUAUUGAAUUCAGAGGUCCUGAAUUUUCCCAAUACUAGAUAGCCUAAAAUUAGCUUUCAGGUUUUUUUUUUCUCCACAUCAGUGUAUUUUUAAAUGGUUUUAAUUCAUGAGAUUUCUUAAGGAUUUUUAUAUGGUCACAUGCGAUUUGAGAUCAGUCAUGCAAAAUUGCUACAUGGCAUAAAUAUCAGAAACCCUAAGGAUAGAAGCUUAGAGAACCUAGUAAUUUACCACGAGGUUCUAGGGGCCUUUUUUUUUUUCUCAUGGGUGAAAAAGAUCAUCUGAAACAAUGGGCUUGGUAAGAGGAUCUGCGUUGGCUCGCAAAAGUUAGUUUUAUUUAGCAAGUGUAUUUAUUUUGUUUUGUUUAUUUUCAUCACAUUCUAGGUCUCAACUGAGCAGUCCCUCUGGAGAAAAAUUUAUCGGCAGAUGGACAUUCCUGUUGUUCCACCAAGUGCAUCACAUCAUAUUAAAAUGGCUUAUAAAAAGUAUGAUGCAUAGUAUACUUGUCAUACAUGCCAUUGUUCUACCAUCUUUAUCAAUUUUUUCUUCUUUUUGUUUUUUUCUUUUUGGCUUGAUGCAUAGUAAACGAUUUCGUAUAUUGCCUUUUGGUUACUGAGUAUUAUUUGGCACGUGGAUGUGUGUUGUUGAAAUCUCUGUCUCUUGCCGUUGUUCUUUGUGAAAGCCACAGUCGCUGUCCAACAAUUACUAGAGGAUACUAAUUUCAUAGGAAUUUCUUUAAACCUGUGAAUUAAGUGUGUUAUUUAUUUAUUUAUUUAUUUGUUUUAUUAAUUUUUUCACACUUAAAUAAUGAGUACAAAAACCACAAAUUACUUUACACCACUACAGAUCAACGAAACACAAAACAUCCAAACAAAUUUAAACAUAUCCUUAAUAAGACUAUUAUCACUUCUCAGAAUGUCCUCAUACAUGUAUAUUGCCAGUGGGAAUGUGCUCAGUAUUGCAUAUGUCUUUUUUUGUUGUUCUGUAGAUAUCUUUACCCCUUUGAACUUCAUGAGAAAGAAACCCUGAAGCCCUCAGUUAAAGAGGAAGUCAUUGAAAGGAAUUCCCAUGACAAAAAUAUCAAACCUGAAAGUCCAGAGAGUCCUCCAGAUAGCAGUGAUGAGAAACACUUGGAAUGUUUAGAGCCCUCCCUAGAUAUUGACGAAGAUCAUGAAGAGGUCAUAGUCAAAAAACAGAGUACACGGAUCAAGGAGAUGAAACGACAGCAAAGCCGGGACCUUGAAAACAGCAUGCUUAGUGAGUCCCAGACCAAGAGCCCAGAGGAAGACGUGUCAGUUGAUGUUGUCAAUAGCCCCGAGUCCUCAUCUGAUGUUAGUGAACCACAGUCAGAUAGCAAAUCUGAUAUUCCUGUUGAUGAGAAUACUUUUGAGAUAGGUGAUAAGAUUCAAGUCAAGUAUGGACGGGGAAGAAAUCACAGGCUUUAUGAUGCCAAGGUAAGAUAUUCAUCAGUAAAGUCACGGUAAAGUUUUACCAUUGAUUCUUAAAAUCGCUCAAGAAUUUUGGCCAUGAUACAAAUGUACGUACUAUUUUUAGGCCAUCGCGCAGCCUUUUAGUGUGCGGCAAGAAUCUCGCAAGAGUGUGUUAACUUACUUUUCAGUGGUACUGUAUGUAGUACUUCCUAGAACUGCUGAUAAUACAGUUUAGUCCCUUGAGCUCUAAUUAUAACUUCAAUCUGUAAAUUACUACUAGUUUCUUAAAGCCAUCUGUUGCUGUUCAAUUCUACUGAAUAAUUAUUAUUGCAUUAUGUUCAGUGAAAGUAAACAGUAAACUUCUUUGAGCUGGCUUGAUUUUGUGCGCAGAUUGCAGAUUGCAGACUGCACAGAUUGCAGCAGUCCUUUUGUACCCAAGUAUUUCAGGUCAAGUUCAGACUGUCCUCAAGCAUUGACUUACAAAAUUAAUAUUAACUUUAAACACUGAAAGUUUAAAACCAGUAUAGUCUUUUAAUCUACCCUCUUUUAGGAAGUUUUCUGAGUGCAUUCUUACCAUGCACGUGUUUUAUUUUAGAUUAUCCACAUUGAUUCAGAGGCCAAUGAAGGGACACUGUACUGUAUUCAUUACGCAGGAUGGAAUAACAGGUGUGAAACAUUAAACAUUAAAAUUCUUCAGGUUUGAAUUUCAUUGGAUUAAGAAGAAACGACUGGGGAUUCUUGGUUGCUGAUAGAGGGGGUUCUUAGUUUAUGUAGAGGAUGGGCAAUAGCAAUUUUUUAGUGGGUGGGGGGGGGUGGAUCUUUUUCUUAUGGGUUUUAGGGGUAGAUUUAUUAAAAAUUUUCCCAAUGUGGCUGAAGGAUGGGGGCUUCAAAAAAUUGCAAGGGAGAAAACCUUUUAUCACCAUAACCCCUGUCAAUACAAUUAUGAAACCCUUCCCGAAAUCUCAUAUUGUGACGUGUGUUUCUUUGAAGGUAUGAUGAAUGGAUAAAACCUGAGAAGAUUGCAGGCUGGGGAACCAGGCAAACCAGAAAUAGAACUGGUAAUGUUGGCAAAGUUCAAGAUUCCAAGGCAACUCCAAAGCCAAUGACACGGCCCACUGCUAAACCUGCAGGCAGACGGUCAUCUAAGGCAGCAGCAGUAGCGCCGGCACCAGUCAAGGAAGUUAACACCAAGCAGUCACCAGCAUCAAACAUCACCAAGAAUUCAUCAAAAAGACCCUGUUCACCUUCAACAAGGUCCGGCUCAUUGUCUCCAUCUCUUGGAAAGUCAUCUAAGACAAGCUCUGGGAGAGGAACUGCCCGUACAAGGUCGGAAAGGAACUCUUUGACAGAGAUGUCAAAUGGACUGGAUGAAGGUAUGGAGAGAAAUAAUUAUGAUUCUCCUACAAAAAAUUGUGUGUGUGGUUAAAAUUUAAAGGAGCAUUUACUGGACACCCUGUGUGUACAGUCGAUUCCCAAUAAUUCGAACCCUCAAGGGAGAUAGAAAAAAGUUCGAGUUAUCAGGAGUUUGAGUUAUAGAGGGUAAAAUUAUGUAGAAAUCAAUUUGAAAGGAAAUUAAAAUUGCUUCGAGUGAGCAGGAAGUUUGAGUUACUAGGAGUUGACUGUACCAUGUAAAAAAUUUCCCCCUCUUUGAACUUCUGUUGAAUCCAUAUAAAAGUUAACUCUGUUGGUGCUGUAUUGUAUCUUUUUCAUCGUGUAACAGUUGCCAAAAUAUAAUGUACAUAUGUUAUAAAUGCAUAUGAGCGCUAGUAAACAUUUUUUGUUGUUCAACAGUACCUUUUUUCUGUUUUCAGUGAAAAGUCCAUUAUCAAGAAGGCGGCAAAAAUCAGCCACCCCAGAACCUUCUUCCCUUGGUAAGAUAAAAAUUAAUGCCAUGGACACUAUGCUAUUCACAGAGCAUAAAUUAAAGGAGCUUUGUCAUGGCUGUCAAUUUCAUUUUGUUAGUAAUGCCAAUAAAGCAUCCUUAUUCCCUAUGAAACUUGAGGAAUUACUUCUGAAUGACAAGAUCACAGCUUUGUGUCAGAAAAAUUAUUAUGUCUCCCAGGUAUUACUUCAAAUAUAACUAUUUACAGUCAAGCCAAGUCAAGCAUACCCCCCAAGAUUACAUUAAUGAAUUAAUUAUUCGAAAGUUGAACCUGUUGGUAGUUGUACAUUUCAGAUUCAUCUCUGCAUUCUUGCAUGCGUAACGAGCCGUAAAUUCACACGCGAGGCAGUUACGAAAUUGUUACCAGCUCAGUUUCCCUGAAUUUGAUGUAAAUGGCGAUUGUCUUCUAUGAAAUUUAACCCAUCUGACUAAAUACAGACUAAAUCUGACUAAAUACAGAGAAGUUCUCGUAAAAUAUUCACUACUCAUUACGCAUGCAGGAAUGCCGAUUUGAAUUUGACACUAGUUACCGGAACAACUAACGGAUUCAUUUCUCAAAUAAUCAAUUCAUUAAUAGAAUUUUGAGGGGUACGCUUGACCUGCCUUGACCAUAACAACAAAAAUGAACUUCGAAAAAACCAUUAGGCCAAGAAGUUUUCCAAACACCCAACUGCAGUCUGUUUCAAUCUUGUUCAAGUAUGUCCAUGUGUGUGUUCUUUUAUAUUUAUUUGCUGUGUUAUUAUUUUUAUCCCUUCUUUUCAUGGUUUGAGCGUUUUUUUUUAUGUUUCACUGAAUUUGGUGGCGGUUCCUUCCUGAAUUUUGAUAAAAAUUUUGUGACACAGCUCCUUUAAAAGCAGAGCAUACAAGCUCAACAAGCUCUGAUUAGACUGUCAUUGCUCAAGUAUAGUUGUAUAGUGAUAGUGUGCAGUCUGUUUCUCCUGAAAUGCAGGGUGCAAAGAUAGUCAGUUUCACAGCUUGCAUUUGGGCUGGCUGUAGCUAGCAUGUACUGGCCCAAAAGUCAUUUCAACCAGCCUAAAAAAAAUUAGAGAGGAGGAUUAAUUACAGUUCUUCUGUAGUUUGAAUUCUUCAAAAAACCAGUUGCCCGUUGAGCAAUUUAAGAACAGAAUUCAGUAGCCUUAUAUCAAAAUCCACUAGCAGUGGGCUAUCAGACAUGCAUUUCUCUGCUCGCUGAAAUGGAGUGUCACAGUUAGGCCCAUAGUAUAGGGUUAGAUUGAACUGUUACUAAGGCUCUUAAAUAGAGACUCGAACCCCAUUUUGCUUUAUUUAACAAGACUGCAUCUGAUCAGUUCCUUCUUGUAACACUUAUAGUGGGUAUAGGCUCUGACUAGUCAUUAAAAGGUCUGUGUUUUCUCUCCCACUCACAACAUGGUCGUGCAUGCAGUCAACCCUACUGUUUACCUGACAACAGUUAGCAGACCUUGUAAUCUACUUACCCACCCUCUUCAUGUGGGGGAGCAAGAGUGGGGUCGUGGUGAGAGCAUUCGCCUCACACCAGUGUGGCUUGGGUUCAAAUCCCGGCGUCGACGCCAUAUGUGGGUUGAGUUUGUUGUUGGUUCUCUCCCUUGCUCCGAGAGGUUUUUCUCCGGGUAUGCCGGUUUUCCCCUCUCCUCAAAAACCAACACAUCCAAAUUCCAAUUCGAUCUGGAACGCACGGACACGUUUAAACGAGUUCAUAUGAACUCUUAAGUGCUUCGUGGGUAAAAAAAGCAAAAAAGCAAUGUCUUUUAGCUGCAACUCUUGUUGUGUUGGCAACUUUUUCCCUCCCUUACUUGAUGUGGUAAUAUUGUGUAAUAAGUAACUUUUUAAGUUCUCUAUAGUUCACAUAUAGAUGUCAGUAAUUAUUAUAAGAAUCAUUUCUCCAGACAUUGUUGGCUUAAAAGUAAUCUUUUUUUCUUUUAGAGCAACAACACAAGCCUGUAGACUUAGUAAACCAUAUUCAGCCAAUUCCUGAAGCUGUCCCUGAGGAAACUGAUAAGAAAACAGCAGAAGAAACGAACAAUUCAGUGCCAAGUAGUAACAUAGAGGAAAAUCAUAACAGCCCUGCUCCUUGUGAAAAUGGAGUACUGUGUGAAGUUCCUGAUGCAGAGCUAAAAUCUGAGCAGAGCUCUAAUAACUCCAGUGGAAAAAGAAAAGACAAGCAUAAAAGAGUUGUUAAUGGUUUAGUAAGGAGUCUUAGAUCUCCCGAGACAGUAGUUAAAGAUUCUGAAGACACCAAAGGAUUAUGCCCUGAACCGAAGAAGAUAAAACUAGAACAUGAAAGUACCAUGCAAGAUACAGAAGUAGCACAAAUUAUGAGCGAUGGUACUUCAAUUUCAACUCCUAGUCAACCACCACAAACGAAGGGUACCCCAACUGCUGUGGAAAUCGUUUCAAAUUCUUCAGAGGAAAUGAAACCAACUGUUGUUAAUGAUGCAUUGGCAUCAAGUUCAGGACAAUGUAGCUAUCACGAAGAAAAGGCUAAUACGCCAGUUGAGAAUAGCUCGAUGGAUUCAAAUGUUAAGAACUCUGAACUUGAUAAAAAGGAAAAAGAUUCCAAAAUGGAAAAGAAAAAUGCUGAACACCAUCAUAGGAAACAUAAGAAGAGAAAAGAGAAAAAGAAGCACCGUCACGCAUCUGGUAAUGAUAGUACUGGUAGCGAUGCUCCAGGUAGUCCUAUGUAUAAUCAGCCCUUGGGGGUGUUUCCGUCCCCUCGGCGUCCAAGAAUUUCAUUUGACAUGGAUUUAGGUGAGGCUAGAGAAAUAAAAAUUCUUUCAAAUUAAUUUAGAUAUGUAAUUACUAUCCUCUUCUCUUAUGGGGCCUUUCAGGGAUAAUGAAACAAAUCAUUCUAAAGGAACAUAACAUGGUUAAGAAUUCCAACCAGUAGAGGGCCAACUGGUCGCAAACAAUUUAAACAUGUGGGGCCAAGGAUCCUAGUUUAUUCUGAGAGUAUUGUUCAGAGUUUUUUGCAGUGUUGUUGCAGAAUUGUGUGUGAUUGUAAUCAUCAUCAUCAUUGCUGAGUUCAGUUUCUUCAAAGAGCAUUGUUCAAAGCUUUUAUUACCAAUGAUCUCCUUAUAUUAUUUUCAUAUGUCAAUGUUUUCAUUAUUGUUCCUCCCAUUUCAGAGGAAAUUAAAGCAAAAGAGGAUGGUUGUGAACGAAUCAAAUUACUUCAAGAUAAAAUCAAUGAAAUGAGGAAAGUUUAUAGUAACCUAAAAGCUGAAGUGGCUAGCAUUGACAGGAAGAGGAAGAGACUUAAGAAGAAAAGAGGU